AAGUCCAAUGGGCCUAGCUAAGCAGUGACGUAUACUAACUAAAUUCAGACCUUCCGAGCUGCUCCUUCUAUAAAAACAACAUUACGCGUCCCAAUUCUAAUUUCUAGGGUUUUGCAACACACAAUCGCCGAAGGAAUCCAACACCAUGGGGCGAAGACCUGCGAGAUGCUACCGUCAGAUCAAGGGGAAGCCCUACCCGAAGUCCCGCUACUGCCGAGGUGUCCCCGACCCCAAGAUCCGCAUCUACGACGUCGGCAUGAAGAAGAAAGGAGUCGACGAGUUCCCUUUCUGCGUCCACUUGGUCUCGUGGGAGAAGGAGAACGUCUCCAGCGAAGCCCUCGAGGCUGCUCGUAUCGCCUGCAACAAGUACAUGGUGAAAUCGGCGGGAAAAGAUGCGUUCCAUUUGAGGAUUAGGGUUCAUCCUUUCCAUGUGCUGAGGAUCAACAAGAUGCUUUCGUGCGCUGGGGCUGAUAGGCUUCAGACUGGUAUGAGAGGUGCGUUUGGUAAGGCUUUGGGGACUUGUGCUAGGGUUGCGAUUGGGCAGGUGCUUUUGUCUGUGAGGUGUAAGGAUAACCAUGGAGCUCAUGCUCAGGAGGCUCUCAGGAGGGCUAAGUUUAAGUUCCCGGGGCGUCAGAAGAUCAUCGUUAGCAGGAAAUGGGGUUUCACCAAGUUCAACCGUGCUGAUUACACGAGGCUGAGACAGUCGAAGAGGGUUGUUCCUGAUGGUGUCAACGCUAAGUUUCUGUCGAACCAUGGUCCGUUGGCUAACCGUCAGCCUGGAAGUGCCUUCAUAUCAGCCACCAGCGAUUAAGAAUGAAGAUGAUUUGUUGUUGUCGAACUGAGAAUCUAGUUUCUGCAGUUUUUUGUUUUGUUUUUGUUGUAACAGUUGAAAACAUGGUUCUUCGUAUGAUUACAUUUUGUUUGGACAAAUGUUUUAGGUUCAGUUUCUAUACUUUAAUAUCUCAGCCUCUAGUUUAUCUA